GACCACGCCUUCCGCUUGCUGCAGCCCGGCGGGGUCCUCACCUACUGCAACCUGACCUCCUGGGGGGAGCUGCUGAAGACCAAGUACACCGACAUCGAGAAGAUGUUUGAGGAGACGCAGGUAGGGCACCUGAUGGAGGCCGGGUUCAAGAAGGAGAACAUCAGCACGGUGGUGAUGGACCUGGUGCCCCCCAAGGACUGCAGGUACUACUCCUUCCACAAGGUGAUCACACCCACCGUCGUUAAGCACUGA